UCCCUCUUCCCCUUGUGCCAGCCCACCCACAGCCGGAAGGGAACCACGCGCAAGGCCCCCACCCAAACGGCUAUAAUUAGAGGAGAGACACGGUUCUUCCCAUAAGCCCCCUGCUCCUGCCUCCUCCUCCUCCUCAUCUCGCUAUUCCUUUCCGCUCCCACACCACGCGCAAACGUCCACAACCCUUUGUAUUUCCACACAACACCCUCCCCUGUACGUGACCAACUCCGACAGCGGAGACACGAAUCGAGCCGUGUCGACAACAAACAAUUAGCCCAGACCCCGAGGACACCAGCGCAAAAACACCGCCCGCCACCGGGGCGGCCAAGAGACCGCCGCCGCCGGCCGAUCGGAGCACCAUUGGAGCCGCGCGCGCCCCUCCGCCUGCCCCCGCGCGUCCGGGCGCUGACCCGUCGCAGCGCCGUCGCCCGCGCUGCCGCGAUGGAGUCUGCCGGCUACUACACCAACUGCAAGAAGACCGACGGAAUCUGCGAGGGCAUCUGCGACGGCGAGCAUGGUUCAAAGGCUGUUCUGAGCAUGUCAAGGCUGAAGUGUGCACUUCGGGGAUUUGAUUUAAAGGCCCUUCUGUUCCUGCUGAUUGGUGUGCCGAUUAUAAUUUUCGUCAUAUAUGUUCAUGGCCAGAAGGUCACUUAUUUCCUCAGACCAAUCUGGGAGAAGCCCCCGAAGCCUUUCACUGUACUUCCUCACUACUAUCAUGAAAAUGUUUCGAUGGCAAACCUCUGCAAGUUGCAUGGAUGGAAGGUCCGAGAGGCUCCACGGCGUGUCUUUGACGCGGUGCUUUUCAGCAACGAGCUCGACAUUCUUGAUAUUCGUUGGCACGAGCUUAGCCCGUAUGUGUCAGAAUUUGUGCUGCUCGAGUCCAAUUCAACAUUUACUGGCCUUGAAAAGAAGCUCCACUUCAAGGAAAACCGCCAAAAGUUUGAGUUUGCUGAAUCACGGUUGACCUAUGGUAUGAUAGGGGGGAGGUUUGUGAAGGGUGAGAACCCAUUUGUGGAGGAAUCAUAUCAGAGAGUCGCGCUUGACCAGCUUCUAAAGAUCGCCGGGAUCACCGACGAUGACCUGUUGAUUAUGUCUGAUGUUGAUGAGAUCCCAAGUGGUCAUACAAUCAACCUGUUGAGAUGGUGCGAUGAUACGCCUGAGAUACUUCACCUUCAGCUGAAGAACUAUCUCUACUCGUUUCAAUUUAUGCUUGAUGAUAAGAGUUGGAGGGCUUCAGUACACAGAUACCGAGCGGGGAAGACGAGGUAUGCCCAUUACCGGCAAACUGACGACCUUCUGGCAGACUCAGGAUGGCACUGCAGCUUUUGCUUUCGGUACAUAAAUGAUUUUGUCUUCAAAAUGAAAGCCUACAGCCAUGUGGACCGGAUCAGAUUCAGCUACUUCCUGAACCCCAAAAGAAUUCAGCAUGUGAUAUGCCAAGGGGCUGAUCUCUUUGAUAUGCUUCCGGAGGAGUACACGUUCCAAGAGAUCAUCGCCAAGCUUGGUCCAAUCCCAAGUACGUAUUCAGCGGUUCAUCUUCCCGCCUAUCUGCUCGAGAAGGUUGAUCAGUACAGGUAUCUUCUUCCUGGCAACUGCAUGAGAGAAAGUGGGUAGCCUCGGCCGUUUCCAUCAAGAUGUGAUGCCCCCUUGGGGAAGAGCGUGGCUUAGCGGUUGUAUUUGAUACCAGUGGCUGGCUGACUUAGUUGGAAUGGCGGUUGUGUUGGGUUCAUGAUUUUGUACCAUGUAAUUCAAAACAAUGGAUGGAGGGCCUGACAGCAUAGCGCAUGCUCCAUGGGCCGCUGCGUGCAUGUUUUAUUUUUGGAAGAGGAGCUUAGCCACCUGAGUCUCUUGUUGAUUCAUUGCUUCCAUGAUUGAUUUAUGAACUCAGAAAAUAUAUUGUAGAUUACAGACUGAGUGUGACAUUUGCAGCAGUUUCUCAUUGUUACCUUGUGGUGUACAUUAUUA